GUUGCUUAACGCCGCACAGUCCGCAUCUUUCUCCUUCUCUGCGUACACAAUGUCUCUGUUAACUGACAACUAGUCGAUAUCCCCCACAGAGGCUAAUGAGGGAAUCGAUUAAAGUGUGAAGUAACCAUGACUGCAGCUGCUCUCAUCGGGGACCAGCUGAUCCUGGAGGAGGACUACGAUGAGAGCUAUUCACCCUCCGAACCAGAGAUCCAAGAGUACGCGAGAGAGAUCGGCAUUGACCCCGACAGUGAGCCGGAGCUCCUGUGGCUGGCCAGGGAGGGCAUCGUUGCCCCUCUGCCCCCCGAGUGGAAGCCUUGCCAGGAUGUGACCGGAGACAUCUACUACUUCAACUUCUCCUCGGGACAGUCCAGCUGGGACCACCCCUGCGACGAGCACUACCGCCGCCUGGUGGCCCAGGAGCGCGAGCGCGCCCAGCUCGCCGCCGCCGUCGGGGGCCCGGGACCCAAGAAGGAGAAGAAGAAGAAGAAGGAAAAGAAGGAGAAGAAAGAAAAGAAGAAGAAGGAGACGCUCAAGACUCCCGGAGCUCUGAGUUCAGCCCUGGGACGCCUCCCAUCCCCGCUGGGGGGCCUGGCCCCUCUGAGAGGUCUGGAUGCCCCCGGUCCGGGCCCACUGCCCGGCUCUGCCCCCGCUCUCCGACGGCCCCUCGGCAGCUCCGGGGGGCUGGAGCCCCUGAAGAAACCCCUCAUGGGCCCUCGGAGCGGUGGAGCAACGAGUGUUUUGGGCAGUAGGCAGGAGGAGAAGGUGUCGCUCACUCUGCCUGGCUUUGAUGAUGAUGACGAUGACGAUGGGAAACUGUCAGAAAACCAGCCGAGUCCUCGUGGUUCAGACCGGCUGUUGAAGAACCUUCACCUGGACCUGGACGCCCUCGGGGGAGGCCUCCAGUAUGAGGACAGUGAAGCCAGUGGUGGAGCUCCAGCUGAGGAGAGGACCGAGCCGGAGCUGCAGGACUUGGCCCUAUCUGGAGAUCACACCCCCGAGCCACCCUCCCAACAGGAGUCCGUGUUCAGUGAGAACAUCGAGGCGGCGUCGUCCUCCGCCGAUGUCAAGCUGCCGGAGAAGGUUCCAGACGUCACCGACCUGUCCGGCGACGUCAGUCCGCUGGAGGGAGACGACAAAGAGGACACGAAGGAGGAAGAGGAGAGUGGAGGCGGGGCAAAGACGAAGAAGGCUGCCAGGAGGCAUCUGCAGGCCGCCGGCAGAGACACCCCUCCAGCUCUGAAGGUCGACCGACUCGUCCUCCACCAGUCCAGCCCUUCGCCCUCUUUCUCAAGCCCCUCCCCCUCGGAGCAGGAGGCGGGGCUCCGUCUGAAGCGCGGAAGCCUCGCCGCGUCUCUGGGGCUGCAGAGGCCCGAGACCUCCAGGGGUCGGCUGGUCGGCACGCACAACGCCCGACUCCCAGAACCCCGCUUCCAAAACCAGGAGGAGGAGGAGGAGGAGGAAGAGCCGGAGAGCUGGAUGGUCCGGAAAGACCGAGAGAGGAUAGAGAGGCAGGAGGAGGAAGAGGAGAGGAAGAGGGUAGAGAGAGAGGAAAGGAGCCUGAGGGAGAGGAAGGAGGAGGAAGAGGAGAGGAAGAGGGCUGAGAGAGAGGAAAGGAGCCUGAGGGAGAGGAAAGAGGAGGAAGAGGAGAGGAAGAGGGCUGAGAGAGAAGAAAGGAGUCUGAGGGAGAGGCAGGAGGAGGAAGAGGAGAGGAAAAGGGUAGAGAGAGAGGAAAGGAGUCUGAGAGAGAGGAAGGAGGAGGAAGAGGAGAGGAAGAGGGUAGAGAGAGAGGAAAGGAGCCUGAGAGAGAGGAAGGAGGAGAGGAAGCGGGCAGAGAUAGAGGAAAAGAGCCUGAGGGAAAGGAAGGAGGAAGAGGAGAGGAAGAGGGCAGGGAUAGAGGAAAGGAGCCUGAGAGAGAGGAAGGAAGAGAGGGAGAGGACAGAGAGAGAGGAAUGGAGUCUGAGAGAGAGGAAGGAGGAGAAGGAGAGGGCAGAUAGUGAGGAAAGGAGUCUAAGAGAGAGGAAGGAGGAGAGGGAAAGGGCAGAGAGAGAGGAAAGGAGUCUGAGAGAGAGGAAGGAGGAGAAGGAGAGGGUAGAGAGAGAGGAAAGGAGUCUAAGAGAGAGGAAGGAGGAGAGUGAAAGGGCAGAGAGAGAGGAAAGGAGUCUCAGAGAGAAGAAGAAGGAGAGGGAGAGGGUAGAGAGAGAGGAAAGGAGUCUGAGGGAAAGGAAAGAGGAUUGGCAGAGGGGGGACGCGGAUCAAGUCGUGGAGGAGGAGAGGGAGCACAUGGUGAAAGAGAAGAAGAGUAGAGUGCUUCUCCUCCAAGAGGAGCUGAGGAGGGAAGAGGAGGAAGAGGAGAGGAAGCUGAAGGAGGAGAGCGACGAGAGACAGAGGGCUCUGCGGCUGCGCCUCCUGACGAAGAGGAGCGAGGAGGAGGCCGAGCUGAACGAGGAGGCCGAGAGGACGCUGGAGGAGCUCCGAGAGUCCGCCCAGCACGAGAGGAAGAGGCAGCAACAGCAGCUCAGGGAGGAGAGCGAGGCGGCGCUCGAGGAGCUGGAGGCCCAGAGGAGGCGGGACUCCGAGCGCCUGGAGGCGGAGUCGGAGGAGAAGGAGGAGGAGCUGCAGGCGGAGAGGCGGAGACUCCGGGGAGAGAGGGAGGAGCGACUGAACUCCCUGAAACACGAGGUCAAAACCACAGAGAGGAGGCGGGAACUCAUGAGUCCACGACCUGAACAGCAACUGGCAGAGUACCACCGAGAGCUGGCGGACGUCCUCCAGGAAGUGCGGGAGGAAGUGCAGCGCGACCACGAGAGGAAGCUGGAGCAGCUGAGGGAGGCGCACAGGAGAGAGACGAACGCCAUCCGGGAGGAAUACCUCGACGAGGAGACGGCUCAGAGGGCGCGCCUCCUUUCCACCCUGCAGGAGGACAGCGAGCGCCUCCAGGCGUCGCACGCCGUCCAGCUGGAGAAGCUCCGCACGCAGCUCAACGCUCAGGCGCAACAGACGCAGCUGACGCACGCGCGCCAGGAGUCCCAACUGGAGGAUCUGGCCAAUCAGAUGGAGCUGAGGGCCGAAGAGCUGAGGGGCCAGGAGGCCGCGCUGCACGCCAAGGCGGCGGAUCUGAAGAGGAGGAGGAAGAAGCUCGGGGAGGAAGAGGAGGAGGUGGACAGACAGAUGGAGGCCGUACCCCGGCUGAUGCGGGAGAAGGAGCAGCUGACGGAGGAGCUGCAGAGGACGAGGGAGGAGAGACUCCAGGCCAGAGAACUGGUGCAGCGAGCGAGGGAGGAGAGGAGCGAGGCCCGGGGGGAGAGCGAGAGGCUGAGGGGCGAGCGAGACGACGCCCGGGAGGAGAGCGAGAGGGCCAAGGAGGACCGGGCGCGGCUGGAGAGCAAGGCGGCGCUGCUGCAGGAGCGCGAUGGCGAGGAGGAGGAGGAGACGACACGCAACCCUCAUGUCGUUUCUUCUGUCCCGAUCAGAGAGCUGGAACAAAGCGAGGGAGCGAGAGCGGAACACAAACGGGAGAAGAAGAAGGCCGAGGGGCCCGAGGGGGCGGCGCCCUCUGGUGGCGGGGGGGACUCGUCGCUACGCAUGGAAGACCUGGACGACCCGCCACUCUCCCCCCUACCGGACAGCCAGAGCAGCGUGGACGACCUCCGUCAGUACGUCUCCUCUCACGGCGCCUCCAUCCAGCGCACCAAACUGCUCCUGGAGAGGGAGAGCCGCCGGCUGGCGGAGCGGCAGGCCGUCCUGAGGGCGGCGCAGAGCGGCUCCUCCUCCUCCACCCAGGACCCGGGCCGGGACGGAGGGGCGGCGGAGGAGAGGAGGAGAACCCUCCAGCAGGAGGCCAGAGACGUGGUGGAGCUGCAGCGGACGGUUCAGAGAGGAAACGCUCUGCUGCGGAGGAAGGAGGAGCAGCUCCUGCAGCUGGAGAGCUCCAUGGCCGAGGAGCCGUUUGUUGAGGAUCCGUCUCGGCCGGCGGGAGACAGGAAGGUGACCUUCGACGUGACGGAGUCUGACCUCAGCAGCACUCUGGACCCGCCAGGUCAUCCCACCGUCCAGGAGUUAGCCGAGUCCCUGCAGCAGAUCUCAGGCCAGCUCAACUCCGUCCUGAGUGCGUUGGGUUCCCUGGCGCUGUCGGGCCAGAGCGCCGCGCCCUACGCCGCCGCCGCCUUCCCGCCGCCUCGACAUCACUCCUCCCCGACCUCCUCCUCCUCCGCCGCCUCGGCUCCGCCUCCCCCGGCGAGGCUCUCGGAGCCGUCCUGGAGCUGGGCGGCGCCCCGAGGCGGCUUCGCGGCCCCGCCCCCUCUCUUCAGCACCCCCGGCGGCGGCGGCGGGCCGGGGGCCUCCGAGGACCUCCUCAACCGCCGAUGGAGCCAGAUAUUCCCCAGUUCUCCAGGAGCCGCCAUGGAGCCGCUGGCCUCCAGCGCCUUGGGGCCGACGUCUGCAUAUGCCUCAUACACUCCUGCUAGUGAACACGGCCAUGGCCUGAGGUCCGUGGAGGUGGACGGCCAGAGGCUCCAGGGGCUGAUAGACGGCAACAAGAGGUGGCUGGAGAUGCGGAGGAAAGACACCAGCAUACCUCUGUUUACGCGCUACCGCGCCCCGUCGUCCCUGGUGCAGCUCGGCCUGGACGACAACAACCAGAUCAGAGUCUACCACUACUGAGGAGACGCGGGGCGGCGAGGACUCCGACUCGCCGUGACUCGGCUCGGCGGCGCAAAGGUCGUCUUUCAGGGAGAAGUUCCUCCGACAUCAGAGGAGCAGCAGUUAGGGAACAAUGUCACGUUUACAAAGAAUAGACAAAGCACUCCCAGACGUCCUCAUGUUGUUUUGUAAUUGCAAUUUUUGUAUUUAUGACUGAUGAUUAAUUUCCGACAUUUAAGUUGUUUCCUUUGAGAAUAAGAUAUAUAAUGAAUUACUCCUUCAUAUCCCAGAGAUGUCAACGUGUUAGCAGUGAGACUUGUGAGUGUACACUGUGUGUGCAGGAAGAGGUAACAUGUAUGUUGUGCAUUUAUAUAUAAUAGAAAUAUAUGUAUUAUAUAUUAUAUAUAAAUAUAAUAGAAAUAUAUAUAUAUCUGUGUGUGUAAAUAAAUGCUGUAUUUUUUUAUAAAAUAUUGUAAAAAUAUAAUUCGACAUGUCUUCAUGUAUUGUGAAGUAAAGGCUCGUCCUGUUGUG